AUGACGGAGGUGGUCACCGACAAGGAGCUCAUGGCCGAAAAGGGCGACAUCGCCCACGAGGAGGUCUUUCAUCUCUCCCAGCUCACCGAGGAGGAGAAGCAGAUCGAGCGCAAGCUGCGCAUUCGCAUUGACUCGCUGAUCAUGCCCAUGGUCAUUCUCGUCUAUCUCAUGAACUAUAUCGACCGAAACAACUAUGCCGCCGCCAAACUCCAAGGCCUCACCGAAGACCUCAAACUCACCGACGCCCAGUACCAGACCGGCCUGUCCAUCCUCUUCGUCGCCUACAUCCUCAUGCAGGUCCCCUCCAACCUGCUGCUCAACUACAUGGGCAAGCCAUCGCUCUAUCUCGGCUUCUUCACCGUCAUGUGGGGCCUGGUCUCACUGGUGACCAGCCAGUGCCACAACUACGCCGGCAUCGUCGCCUGUCGCUUCUUCCUCGGCUUCGUCGAGGCCCCCUUCUUCGCCGGCGUGCUUUUCUACCUGUCCAAGUGGUACACCAAGAAGGAGCUGGCCUUUCGCAUGAGUAUCUUCUACUCGGGAUCCCUGCUGAGCGGCGCGUUCGGCAACCUCAUCGCUGCCGGCAUCCUCAACGGUCUGGCCGGCCACCGCGGCCUCUCCGCCUGGAAAUGGCUGUACAUCAUCGAAGGCGCCAUUACCAUGUUCAUCGGCAUCCUCGUCGCCCUCGUGCUGCCCGACUUCCCCGACACCUGGCGGCUCCUCUCGCCCGAGAUGAAGCGCGUCGCCAACCGCCGCCUGGCCAUCGAGGCCGCCGAGGCCGACGUCGACGAGGCCGGCAAGAUGAGCCAGCUCAAGGGCCUCAAGCUCGCCUUCACCGACGUCAAGACCUACGCCCUCGCCAUCGCCUACAUGUCCAUCACCGGCGCCAGCGGCUUCCAGAACUUCUUCCCCACCCUGACCGAGACUCUCGGCUACAGCAAGAUCAUCUCGCUGCUGCUCGUCGCCCCGCCCUACAUCUUCAUGGUCAUCUACAGUCUGUCCCACUCCUACCUGUCCGACCACUACGGCAAGCGCUUCUGGUUCUUCGUCUAUCCCAUUCCCAUCACCAUCGUCGGCUUCAUCAUCUUCAUGACCACCACCGGCUUCGGGCCCCGCUACUUCUCCUUCUUCCUGAUGGUGUUUGUCUUUGCUCAGAACGGCACCGUCUACUCGUGGAUCGCCAAUGCCAUCCCCCGCCCCCCGGCCAAGCGCGCCGCCGCCUACGCCUUUAUCAACUCCGUCGGCAACUCCGCCAGCAUCUGGACCCCCUACACGUACCGCCACGGGGAUGCGCCGUUCUACCGGCCGGCGAUGGGGGUGUGUAUCGCGCUGCAGGCGCUGGGCGCCCUGAUGGCCGUCUUCAUGUACUUCCACCUGCGGUCGCUGAACAAGCGCCAGGAGCGGCUGGAGAACGAGGACGUGGUGCUGACGGAUAAGGAGCUGCGACGACUGCAGCACACGGCGGAGGUGGAGAAUAUCACGGUCGCAGAGGCGCGGCUAUUGCAGAAGGGAUUCCGGUAUGUGGUGUGA